AAAUUAUAACUUAAGCCGUACAUUUAAGUAAGUGUAAUAAAAUUGCAAAUAAUGUACAAUACAUGAGGGCGGCGCUGAACUGGAGUAAACAAAAAAAUGGCCGUCAGAUAUACAAGAACAGGUCAUUUCGUUACGAUCGAUUAAAUGUUUCUAAACAAUUUUCUCGUAUCUAUAGAUUACUGUGAAAUUAAUAAGGUUUUUGAGUCUAUAAGAUUUAAGAUCUACAAUAAAUUUAUAUAUUUAACCAUGGUUUCGAACGAUUUUGAUACAGAGCAAUUUGAAAGAAGAUUACAAUCAUUAAAAGAUUCUCAAGAAUCUAUUCAAAGUCUUUCAGCAUGGUGCUUGGAAAGAAGGCAACAUCACAAAAAAAUAGUUGCUACUUGGCUACAAGUUCUAAAAAAAGUAAAAGUGGAGCAUCGUCUUACACUUUUCUAUUUAGCAAAUGAUGUUAUUCAGUACUCAAAACGAAAAAAUUUUGAAUUUGUGGAAUCAUGGGGCACUACAUUACAACGGGCUACAACAAUGGUUAGAGAUGAAAAAGUGAAGCAUCGUAUUUUAAGAAUUUUUAAAAUUUGGGAUCAAAGACAAGUUUAUGAUGAGGAGUUUCUUGCUGAUUUGUCAGGGCUUAUUUCUGCAGCUCCUAAGAAAAAAGUAGAACCACAGUCUGUUCAACAGCCUGAUGAAUUUCAAGCUGCUCUUUUAAUUUCUACAAUGAGAUCUUGUGCUACACUUGAACAAGCAACAGAUGCCAGAUUAAGAGACCUAAGAGAUAGUAAUGUAGAUAUUGACAAUGCUGAGGAAUUGUGCUCAUCUUUGAAAGAUCGGAGGAGAGUCGAAGAUGCAGAAAAAGAAGUUGAUCACGCUGCAAGAAAUAUUGAAAAUUAUGUACGAGCACUUGAGGCAGAAAUAAGAGAAAGAAAACAAGUACUUGAGCUUCUUGAACAAGCUGAUCAAUUUUAUGAAACACAAAGAGGAGAAGUAAAAAUUGUAGUUAAUGCAUAUCGAAAUUUCGGUAGUAGAGUGAAAAAUUUGAAAAAGAAAUUGGAUGAACUUUUACCAAUGUUGGCAUCACCAAUUCCAUCACCAGAUAUAAAUGCUCCAUCACCAAGUCCUGAUAGUGAUAUUGACCUUCCAGGAGAUGAAAGUCAAAUUAACCAAUCUUCUUUAAUAAAUAUUGCUCCUCCAUCAAUGUAUGGAUCAUAUGGACAAGAUUAUAGUCCAAUAUCUGCACCAUUGAAUAAUACAACUACAGAUUUUAGCAAUAAUUUUCCAUCUUUUAUUGGAGGAAAUUUAGAGUUUGAUCCUAGAAAUAUAUUUAACGAUGGUUCUGUAACAUCUGGUAAUAGUCAGCAAUAUGAUUCUUUAGAGAAUAAAUCAAGUGAAGUUAUUGAUAUACAUCCUUCGAUAGUGGAAACAAGCAAUGAUGAGCCAGUUUCGAGUUUUUUAAAAACAGUGCUUCCAUCUUCAGAUACAACUUCUGAUUUAUGUGGUAUUCCUGGGCUUGGUUUAGAUGUUGCAGAUAGUAUGUCUGAUACUAUACAGUGCAAUGAUUAUAGACCUAUUAUAGGACAAAUGCCAACUCCAUUAAUGGGAAGAACAAUAAAUGUUUCUACAACUCCAAUAGGAAAUAUAAAUCAUGUUCAAAUUAGUCAUAGUACACCUUUGCAAACUAGAAACUUGAAUGGAGAAUCUCAUACUCCAUCACCAUAUUCCAGUGAAAAUAGUCAAACUAAUGCUGCUGUGCCUGUAAAUUCUUUUGAUGGAUCCACAUCAUCAGUUAAUCCUCUCCAACCUCCUCCUAUGCCACCAAUAGAGUUUUUAGAUGAUAAUAAUUGUUAUAAUAAAUUACCAUCUAAAUUUCCAACAUGGACAUUUGCAAAUGAGAUACCAAAGGAACCUGUAAAAUGGGAGGAUAAAGUUGUUUUUCCAGUAAUCAAUGAUACAAAUCCAAUUUGGCCAAUAAGUGACAACAAAAUAAAAAAUCAGUGGAAUGAAUCAAGCAAUGAACAAUGGGAAAUAGGUAAUGAUUCAACUUGGACAGAAAAUAUCAGAAUAAAAGAUGAAAUUUUAUCAGAAACCCCAGAAUCUCCACCUAUGUAUGAAAAAGCAGGUUUUAAUGAGCCAGUUGAAUAUAAUGAUUCCCAAUCACAAGAACCAAUUUUAAGUAGUAUUGGUGAUAUUGAUCAUAGGGUUCUACCGAUACCAAUGUCUACAGACAAGCAAUUAUCCCAUCGUCUUAUAAAAGGAGCGGAUGUUGAUCAUCGUAAUCUUAUUAGUUUAACAGGAAGUCCAGCUAAUAACAGUAACGAUGCGCCGUCAACUCCACUACUGAAUAAUAGUUUAUGGACAAACAUAGAUCAAGAUUAUAGGAGGUCAAAUGUUCAAGCUGGAGAUAUUGUUGAAAGUGUUGACAUGGAAAUGUCUGAUGAAGAGAAUGAAAAUAAACAAAAAGGAAGCAGAGUAUUAGUGGAUGUACGAUCACAGGAUAGAGAUAUGCGAGUACCUAAUAUGGCUCCUACUCAAUCUCCUGGUUCACAACACCAUCAUGCUACUGACAUGGAUAUGCGGUUGUUAUCAACUGGAGGGAGUACUAUAAACGCAAUGGGUUCACAAAGAGGUGGAAGUCUUGGAUCAGAAUUACGCGGAGUAGAUACAAGGCCACCACCUCCUCCUCCUCCAUUGCCUCAGUAUCAUCAGUCUGAUUUUCGGCAUAAUAAAUCUGUAGACUUUCGAGGUAAUCAAUCCUUUCAUCAUAAUCAGCAAGACUUCAGAUCUAAUCAGAAUUACUUAUCAAGUCAGCCUAUGCAGGAUUUUCAUCAAGGUCCACAAGAUUUCGAGUUUUACGAAAGUCAACAUGGAAGGUAA